AUGGUAUCCAUCUUUAUUACAUUUUUUUUAGCCCUUUGUGGUAACGUGUAUGCGGCGAGCGUACACGCAUCUAAAACUUUGGUGCUUUAUGAUGAAAGGUUAGAUCAAUUGGAUAGUUUUUCCAACUUCCUAGAUGAUUUAAAAAGUCGUGAAUAUGAGAUAGAUUACUAUACAGCUAAUUCCACCGCAGAUAUUGAAUUGUAUGAAGGUGAAAACAGACUUUAUGACAAUUUGAUAGUCCUACCGGUAAAAGGUAAGCAUAUCAACAAAUUGAUUUCAGAUAAGACUUUGUUACAAUUUUACAAUGAUGGUGGUGAUAUACUGUCUGUUACUAGUCCGGGUGCAGUUCCUGAUUCUAUUCGUUUGUUCUUAAAUCAAUUGGGUAUUUUCCCAAGUCCUAAGGGAUAUGAAUUGGUUGACAAUGUACAAGGAUCCUUGAAGAUUGGUUCAAGCGAAUACAGAGGUUCCCGCAUUUAUGAAGCUAAGGAUGGCGAUUCCAUAUCUUUGAGUAGUUCAUCAGCUGCACUUCUGGAUAAUCGUGAGCAAAUUUUUCCUAUAUUAGCAGCGCCAAGAACAUCCUACACUGGAGCUACUAGCAAGGAUCCAUGGUCUGUUGGUUCUCAAGGAUUCUUGGCAGCCGCAUUCCAAAAUUUAAAGAAUGCUCGUGUGGCUUGGUUAGGUAGUGUCGAUUUCUUGAAGAAUGAAUUCUACGGUAGCAAUGGUAACUUUGUUCAGGAAGUGGCUAAAUGGGUUUUCCAAGAAAAGAAUGUCAUUAAAAGUGUUAGUGCAUCUCAUUUCCAUGCUGAUGGUACUUCUUACGAAGAAGUACCUUAUAAGAUUAAGGAUACUGUAAUCUAUGAAGUUGGCUUUUCAGAAUGGAAUGGUGAAAAAUGGGUACCAUUCAUUACUGAUGACAUUCAAUUUGAAUUGAAAAUGUUAGAUCCUUAUUACAGGUUAACUUUAAAACCAGGUAGACAAGAAGGUGAAGUUCAAUAUUAUACUACUGGUGAAUUUAACUUGCCUGAUCAUCAUGGUGUCUUCACUUUUGAAACCGAUUACAAGAGGGAUGGAUUUUCAUUUGCUGUGCAAAGAGAUGUGAAACCUAUUCGUAAUCUGGCUCAUAGUGAAUAUGCAAGAAGUUGGGAUAUCUCUAAUGCUGUCAUUUACUUGAGCUCUAUCUUUUCAGUGAUUUUUGCUUGGAUCAUCUUCAUCAUAUUUUUUAUCACUGCAUCCCCAGCGGUUAGUAAAUCAGUGAAUACUAGUAAGAAGAACAAUUGA